CAGGACCCUGCAUUCACUAUAUCUGGUCCCCCACAGACCCUGCAUUCAUUAUAUCAGGUCUCCAUUAUCCAUUAUAUCAGGUUACCACACAGAACAAGGAAAUGCAAUUAUUUUAGUAAAUAUAAACUGCUAAAUACCUUUUCCCAUCAGCACUUAGAGCAGUCUUGUGACUUCUAUCAGUGUCUAGCAGAGCACUGGUUAAAGCUUGUAGGAGGAGCUUUCAUUCUCCCC